AUGACCAUCAAUCAGAAUUCACCUCCAAAAGGUGUUUUCUCCGGUACAAGGCGACCUCUAGUAUUUUACAUAUGUGGACGAGGUGAAGGUAUACGAUAUGUGAUCGAGUCAAACGGAGGAGCAAUCACCACUUCAAUACCAGCAGCACAAAUCGUUAUAUUCAACCGAGACAUCACCCCUGAGAUCUUGUGGCCGAUUUCAGUGGAGGAAAGGAAAGUCUUUGAAGUUGUUCAACAAUUAGGGAAAGUCCAACCUGUCUUAUCUUCCCUUUGGAUAUAUCAAUCUUGUAGAGAAGAGAAGUGGCUGGAAAGAUCAGGAUAUGCCAUUCAGAUUGGUGUCUAUCCGAUUACACCACCGUCAACAAUCGCAACCGGCACGACCGCCAUCCCACCGGUAUUCGCAGAAUCUCGGCCCAUUUCACCUGCCAGUGUUACCGUACCCAAUAUCCCAUCAACACCUAGUCAGCAUCAACCACUUGUCCUGUCCAGACCAUCCCGAGUAUCUACACAACCUGCACCUCAAGCUCAAGCGCAACUGGCUGUUGUUCCAAAAGCACAUCCUCCUGCUCUACCACAGCCGGUCAGGAGAGAAAGACAGACCAACAACAGCAUAUCAUCAACACUUGGCGGCACCUGUCCAUCCCAGCAAACCGUUGCCCCUCGAAUCAUCCGACCGCUUUCGGGAACUGCAUCCCACGUGAUCACAACAGAACAAGCGCAGUGGAUCUUGGCCGAAGAAUUAUAUCGAUUUGCUCACAAGAGGAAACAAGUGUCGGAGAAUGAUCUGAAAGUAUUUUUGAAGGACUUGGAAUCUAAGCGAAAGGAAAGAUAUUGGCAGAAGUUUUAUGCGAGACAUCACGACAGAAUAGAUACUAUGCUAACGGAGAAAGGUCUAAAUCCCAAAGGAUGGCAUAAUUAUCCAGCUAAGGCGGUGAAGGAUAAGGUAUCAGGAUCAGGGAUGAAAGGUUGGGCUUGGGUGGUGGAGCCUGUAGAUCCGAUCGUUCAACCACUAUCCCAACCGUAA